CGUAUGUGUGAUGGCAGCUAACAUGUAAAGGUGAUACAGGUGAUACAGGUUUUGAAAACGUCCCCUUAUGAGACAGUAGGUGAGUGUGGUUGCCUAGUUACACUCUCUUCCUUCCUCCUGUGUUUUCUGUGCGCAACUAUAUCCGGUAUCCAGGCAACGACGCACGCAGAGAGCAGACAGGAGAGCGAGUGAAGUGGAGGAAUGUUUGUAAACAUGUUUGUAAACUCUGGACCGACUCUAACAUGUUUGUCACGUGGAGUUUAGUUCAGCUACAUGUUGGUUUUAAAGACAGGAAGUUAAACAUGUAUGGACGAGCUCCCAGACUGACCUCCAUGACACCAGGGGGCUCCUCGGCCACAGUCGGGCCCGGGUCGUACGAUGUCGCCCGGAGUCCCAGAACAUCAGAUGGCUAUGCUCCUUUCCUGUCCUUGACCAACAGACAAUCAGCAUUCAGCUCCACUGAGAAGGUGCCAGGACCCGGACAAUAUGACUCCUCACCCGUCAAGCUAAAUGUCCACGGUGGCCGAAGUCUUCAGAACCGCUCCAAGCGUUUUGAGGAGGAGGUGUCAGCGGUUCCCGGCCCCGGGGCCUACAAUGUGCUGCCUGCCUCGGGGAACUCGCUCAGGGCCGUGCCGGCCGACGCAGGAAAGGCUGAGAAGCUUGGCAGAAAAAUGUGGCUGCAGGCUAAAAGUCUGCGGCUGGUUCGUCAGUCAGAUAUUGCAUCCAUUCCUUCGCCGGGCCAGGCUUAUGGCUACGAGGAGGAUGCCCGGGGUGUGCUCCUCAAGCAACAGCCCCCUCCAAGGGAUGCAACCCUGGGGCCAGCCUACUACAACCCAUUACUGUCAGAGAAGAGCUCGGCACAGAAAUAUAAAGGAUGCCACUUUGGCAGCAUGACGGGGAAGAGAGGCAAGGUGACGGCGGAGGUGGGACCAGGUCCAGGACAAUAUUACCCAGAGAUAGUCCCAGAAACACAAUAUGAAAAUAUGAACCUUCAAAAGGAACAGAAAGGCAGAGCUGAGCUUAACAUCCCUCGCUACCACGAGCUGGUGCCCAAGCAAGAGGAAAAGAAGGGAGUUCCAGGUCCAGGCCGGUACCACAUCAGAAGCCAGUUUGAGUCCAGUGGCAACCUGCCCAAGUUCACGUGUCCCUUCCUUUCUCAGACUGAGAGGUUUCGUUCUGUGAAAGAAGUGUCGCCCCCUGUUGGUGUGUAUAAUGACCCGCGCUGUGCCCUGGAGCUGCUGAAGAGGACAACAGGAGUGAAGAAAAGCCCGUUUGGCGUCACCGCUGUGCGCUUCAGUCCUAACCUCAACAAAUGCCUCACACCAGGUCCAGGGUCCUACAACGUGUUUGAACAGGGUUUAGCUCAGGAGAGUUUUAAAAAGGCUUUUUUAGAACGAAGCAGGAAGGGGGGCUUCGGUUCGACCGCCCAACGCAACUCACUCUUUCUCAACAAGCAAUCAACAGAGGCCCCCAGUCCAGGCCAGUACGAGACAGAGAGGAAGACAGAGGAGCUCUAUAAAAAGCAGCACACAGCAGUUUUCAAAUCAGCCACAGAACGUUUGGCAUCGUCACUAUCGGCCAAAGAUUCUCCUCCACCCAACAGCUACAAUGUGAGUCAGACAUUUGAGAAGUGUAAUGGUCACUUAUUCUCAGAACCCCGGGGUGAAGGAGCUAAGAAGCGACAGAGCUGCUUCCUCUCUUUCGCACCGCGCAGUGACGUCUUCCUACCAUGUGACCCCAGCGUGCCAGGCCCUGGCCAGUACGACCCCAGUGUGAAAUCCUUCCCUCAAAUGGCUCUGAUCUCCUCCAAAGAGGAUCGAUUCAAGGUCUCCAUGAACACCAACCCUGGACCUGGAACUUAUCAGUUGAGUUCAGGCAUCAUGAACACGGUGCUGAAGGGCACCUUCAACGUAACGCUCGACAACCCUCUGGGCCCCCACUGCUCCCGCAGUGCGGCCCCUGACCCUUUAAGGGCCCACAAGACCAUUAACUCCGUCACCAGGAGCACUUCUUAGAGACGCUGGGGGUCAAACCUCAGAAGUGAAAGGCGGCACUUUGGAGGAAGAGGACUGUUCUUUAAUCAAUAUUGCAGAGUGAAGUGGCUACAGUGGACCCUGCGUCUACAACUGGUGCUUUCCUGGUCCUUUACUGUUGCUAAUGACAACCUUGGCACAGCUUCUGUAUACACCACUUCACCAUAAUCAAUAACAAUUAAAAAGCUAUUAAUAUGAAUAUUGCCUUAGGUCCUUUGAAAGCAUGUUACUGUUGAAAAGGACAACUCCUAAAAAGGACAUCUUGACCAUAUGGCACUUUAGUUUCCUAUAAUAUCCAGUAUUGCUCACUUUUAAGGCCAUAAAAACACCGAAAUACCUUUCAGACUUAGUUACCUGGUACGUGCACCACUUGACCGCUAAGAUCCACGCAUGGAGGCCUGCUGGUUACCUCCCGGUCUCACCUUGUAACAAAGGGUAACUGAGCCUUUGCUUUCAGAGCCGUCACAUUGAACUCACCAAUU